AUGGAUAAAUCUUUAAAACAAAAGAAAUUAAAGAACGUAACUCGGGAAGAACUCAAUAAUAUGGAUAAAAAUGUCUUAGUGGACAGAAUAUUGCAAUUAGAGGCUCAUAAUUCACAAUUAAAAAAUAUCAUAAGCAAGAAAUUAACAAAUGACACAGAAAACUGUUCAGAAGUUAACAAGAAAAUGUUUGAUUUCAAUAAAUGCCACUAUCGCAGAGUUCUCUUAAGAAUUCUUUAUUUUGGUUGGAAGUACCAAGGUCUAGCAGUACAAGAAGAUUCUACACAAACAAUUGAACAUCACUUAUUUCAUGCCUUGAUAAAGUCUUGCUUGAUACAAAGCCGUGAAACAUCUCAGUAUCACAGAUGUGGUCGGACAGAUAAAGGUGUUAGUGCUUAUGGUCAGGUGAUAUCAAUUUCCCUUCGAAGUAAGCAUCCACCAGAAAAACAACACCUACCUGAAUCUAUAAAUUCAGAAAUGCCAUACUGUAAAAUGCUGAAUCGACUCCUGCCAAAGGACAUUCGUGCAGUUGCUUGGAUGCCGAUACCAGACGACAAAACUGAUUACAGUGCCAGGUUUAAUUGUAAAAAACGUCAAUACAAGUACUACUUCCCCCGGUCAAAUCUUGAUUUAGACAGUAUGCGGGAAGCUUGUACUCAUAUCAUUGGAACUAAAGAUUUCCGUAACCUAUGUAAGAUGGAUGUAGGCAAUGGAGUCACUGAAUUUUAUCGAGAAAUUCUCAAAGCGGAAAUAGUGCCAGUUGAUGAAAAGGAUGUUAAAGAACCGACAUCUAUGUACUACCUAGUAAUAGAAGGCAAUGCUUUUUUAUGGCAUCAGAUCCGUUGCAUCAUGGGCCUGUUGCUGUUAAUUGGCCAGGGGCACGAGAAACCCGAUAUUAUGACUGAAUUGCUAGACAUUGAGAAGAAUCCAAGAAAACCUCAGUACAACAUGGCGUUAGAUGUCCCAUUAAAUCUUUUCCACUGUAGCUACGAUUUAGAGAAUACCAGCGAAUGGGUUUAUCAUGAGGACGAAUUAAGAUUAGUUAUAGCGACGUUGCAAGGAGAUUGGACUAUAAAUCGAAUAAAAACAACUAUGAUACGGGACACUAUUCAACACUUAGAAGGAGAAUAUGUCAAACUUAAAGAUAAAAACGAAGGGAAUACAAAUGACAAAAUAGAUGGUGUCAUGGCGUAUACUGAUUGCUUACUUCAAGGCGUUAAACCUAAACUGUACACUCCGCUGUUAAAACGAGAAACUUGUUCGAGCUUGGAAGAAAGAAUUGAAUACUAUAAGAAGAAAAGAAAACUCAUUACUAGCGAAGUUGCUGAAUGA